UUUAAAGUCUUGGCAACGCGGGUCGGGAAAGCGCGACUUGGAUCGGUGCACAACACCAUUUGUCCACACUGAAGCCGUUGCGACCAUCUCAGGAAGUCUCUGAUGUAUUGUCGUCUCUGCCUUGCAGCCUAGAGGGUAGCCCAGCCUGGUCGAUGCCUCUGCCCAAGUCCCUCCGCCGCCCCAUUCGUCGCACGUCCUCAGCGUCUUCUGCUGGAACGUCAAAGCGGAAGAAAUGCCGCACGUGCAACCAUCUCGACCCUCGGGGACAUGCAAACACUACUGAAGACGCCGAAGCUCAAGGGGAGGCCAGAGCCAGCUUGAGCUUGGUCCUCGAUGCACUGAAUUUAUCGAACGUCAAGCUCACAUCAGGUAGUGGAUGUCGAUUUUGUCUUGUACUUGUCCAAGCGCUCGACGCAUUUUUCGAGGGAUGGCGAGGAGCGCGAUGCAGAGUCAACGUAGACAUUGAAGAAAAGAGAACAAUCAAAAUGAGCCUUGACGGGCCGCAGUGGGCCAAUCAAGCGAUUGAGAUCUAUGCUGGAUCAGCUGCACGCUCUCCGUGGCCUACUCUUGGGACAACACAUCAUAUCCCAAUCAAUGCCGGCUCUGACGAAUCCUUCAACUUCAUUCGUCGUUGCAUCCAGGGGUGCCUUGCGAACCCAAAGCAUACACCAUGCAAGAUGACCUGCGAGCCGUCCACAUCUGCUCCAAAACGUCUUAUAGACGUGGGGCGGUCAACGAUGCCCAUUCGUAUAGUAGAGACGCAAGAGAAAGUUUUGCAAUACGUUGCUCUGUCACACUGCUGGGGCUCAGCAACCCCGCUGAUGGCCACAAAGUCCUCCUGGGCCAAGCUCACUGUCAACAUACCGUUUGGUGACUUGCCACCCUUAUUCCAGGAUGCAGUCAUCAUUACACGACAGCUCGGGUUGCGAUACCUGUGGAUUGAUUCCCUAUGUAUCAUCCAAGACUCUCUCAGAGACUGGGAAACGGAGGCUGCGAAGAUGGCCAGCAUCUACCAAAAUAGCUAUGUUACAAUAUCAGCCACCAACGCCAGUAAUAACAGCAUGAAGUGUCUAUCGGACAGACCAAGACCAGUCCGAAUUCUGUAUGAAAACACAACGAAGAAGGAGUUUGUUCUGCGAGCGAGGAUCUAUUCGCAUCACCAUCCGGAUGCUAAUGGCAAUCCUGCAAAGCCAACAGGUCCUUUGACGUCACGUGCCUGGGCUCUCCAGGAGCACGCACUGAGCACAAGAGUGUUACAUUAUACUGCUACCGAAUUGAUGUUCGAGUGCAGGACCUCUUACCGCUGCGAGUGCAUGCCGGAGCGCAAGACACGGGCAACGACACCUGCACUCAUUCCUAGAGCCGUCACAAGCAAGAAUCCAAAUGCUAUAUGGACCGCGUGGCACCGUAUAGUGGAACAAUACUCGAAUCGAAAGCUCACCAUGCCAGGUGAUAAGCUUCCAGCUAUAUCUGGAAUCGCAAGCAAGAUCAGAAAGGCCACACAUUCCGAGUACAUUGCGGGUCUUUGGAAGAACAACCUAGCAUUCGACCUGCUGUGGCAGAGAACAGAUCCUGCGCCACUGGACAAAGAUUCCCACGCACUUGAAACAUGGCGCGCGCCGUCCUUCUCUUGGAGCUCGCUCAACGCGCCUGUCACAUACCACACGCCAGAUACCGACGAAGAGGAGACAUGCUUAUCUAAUAUAACUCUUGUCGCAUACACUGCGAUCCCAACUGGUCUCAAUCUCUUGGGUACAGUAUCCGACGCGUCUCUUACGCUCCGUGGGCCCACAGCAAUGGUACCACUCUCGGGUAAAUAUGUCCGUGGGGCCUGGGAAUACAGCCUCCUAAUCAAGGGUACAAGUGUGAUCCAGAUUGCGCACGACUGUUGCCUCGUCAAGGCCCGGAUCACGUCCGAUGCCGACGAAGAGCAGUGGACAGUUCGGCGGGCACAGCCAAAGCAAUCUCUGUCCGCCUUCGACUGCCCUGUACUUUGCUUGAGCGUAGCACAUUAUGGGAGCCUCAUCUCAGGCAUUGUGUUAGGACUCUCGGAUCGGAGACACGGAUCCUGGGAGCGGCUUGGUACGUUCGCAGCAGGAGCAGAGAGUUUGCGGCACACAUCGGAACAGGAACUAAUAAUCGUAUGAUUCCACCAAUUGUCCGCACGGUGUCACCAGGAUACAGGACCGAACGUGAGGAGAAUUAAACCCAUGAGAUGAAUGCUACAAGUUUAUCAGCUGUUUACCAUGUAGCAAUUAAGACAAACAG